UACCAGGUUGAGGAAAGCUUGAAGAUUCACUGAACAACAGUUUGCAAUUAAAGUAACACCAUGCUAAGGCUGAUUCAAGCUACUAACAAAGUGCAGAACCAAGUUUCUAACCAGUGCAAAUAUUAUACAAGGUGAGUUAUAACUCGCACAAACUAAUGCAUCUAAAAUUUAUAGAUCGCUUGAUUUGAUCAGACAUAUAAGGAUCUAUAACGCUUUACGUUACUUUCUUUUCAGUAAUCUUCUAAUUUUGUGCAAAAUAUUCUUUGCUUACCAUCAUGAGUUCUUACUUCAAAUGCGAAGAUAUUAAAAACAUAAUACCAAUUCCAGAACCUGGGAACAAAUCAUUUGCUGAUUUUUACCUGGAUCAAAUAGACAAGUUUCCUUCGAGUUGGUUUCUGGACGAAGGCCGAAAUGAGAAGCUGCUCUUUUCUGAGUUGUCGUCAAGAAUCAGAAGAUUCAGUUCAAAUAUUCUUCACAAGGGAUACAAGAAAGGACAUACCAUUUGCAUAUUCAGCCAAAACUGCAACAACUUCGUCGUUUCCCUGAUUGGAUGCUCACUUGCCCACGUGACCUGUAAAACAGCUAAUCCUACCUACACUGGACAUGAACUCAAAUAUCAACUGGAAUUCAGCGAUGCCAGUGCUAUUUUAAUUGGAAGCAACCUUCUGUCGACUCUUGAAGACGCUCUGAAACUAUGUAAAGAGGAAAACAAAUCACCGCAGAUUAAAGAAAUUUUUGUUCUAGAAAGUUCUGAAGACGUUCAAAAUAUUCCAACAUUGUUACAUGGCAUACCAGUUUAUCUGUUCGAAACCCUGCUUAAGCAACCAGAUGGUCCUUUUUUGGAACCAGAAUCCUUGUUGGAUCCCAAAACGGAUACAUGGAUCCGGCCUUUUUCAUCUGGAACGACUGGGUUACCCAAAGGAGUAGAGCUUACCCACUACAAUAUGCUAUCGAACGUGUAUCAAUUCGCUCAGUAUAAAAACUUGUUCAACUUUAGUCAAAAUAGCACAAUGAUAGGAGUUCUGCCUCUAUAUCACUUAUACGGACUGUACAUAUACGCAAUCUGCUGUCCUAUGAGGGGCGGAAAUGUGGUUUUGCAGCCGGAAUUUAAGCCGGUCAGUUUUUUGAUGGCGAUCCAGAAACACAGGGCCACUCAUGUGUACAUUGUUCCGCCUCUGGCGCUGUUUAUCAGCAAGGAUCCAAGAGUGAAAGACUACGAUAUAACAAAUGUGGAG